AUGGCAACAACAUUAACUGGUGGAAACCCACACAUCAUCCAACUGCCUAAGACACCACGCGACGUACCAUCCCACCCGCAAAACGUCGCCCAGCAAUGGCUCUCAGCCCUCGAAUUCCAGCUCUCCCGUUCAGAUAAUUUGAAGAUCAAAGAUCUAUUCCAUGAUGAAUCCUGGUGGCGCGACAUGCUGGCACUGGACUGGGACAUGCGCACUGUACACACAGCCACCGAGAUUCAGGACUUCCUCUCCAAGCUACAGACCAAGGCACAACUCUCCAAGUUCCGACUCCAGGAUACGGGCAAGUUUCAGCCACGACUAGAACAGGUCGUCGAUGGAUUGAUCUGGGUGUCUUCCAUGUUCUUCUUCGAGACUGCGAUUGGUAGUGGAACAGGCAUGCUGCGUCUGACCCAGGCAGAUGAUGGAGUCUGGAAGGCUUAUGCUAUUUAUACGGCUCUGCAAGAGCUUAGCUCAGCUCUGGAGCCCCUAGGUAAGCGUCGGGCUGCGGGUACGACAGAGUCGAUGCCGGGUGGUCUGGCUGGGGGCACAUGGGUCGAGCGCAGGAACCGACAGAAAGAGUUUUUGGAUGAGGAGCCCGCUACUUUGGUUGUUGGGGCUGGCCAGGCUGGAUUGAAUAUGGGCGCGCGUUUGCAGAGCCUCGGCGUGUCGUGCUUGAUUGUUGACAAGAGUGAGCGCGUUGGAGAUAAUUGGCGUAACCGGUACCGGACACUUGUGACGCACGACCCAGCUGAGUACACACACAUGGCCUAUCUACCCUUCCCGCAAAAUUGGCCACAGUUUACACCAAAAGACAAGCUUGGUGACUGGUUUGAAGCAUAUGCCAGCAUUAUGGAGCUGAAUAUCUGGAUGCAGACCUCGGUCGUCUCGGCUGAUUACGAUGAAGCUGCAAGUCAGUGGACGGUUGUCCUCGCUCGCGGCGAUGGGUCCCAACGCACUGUUCAGCCUCGUCAUCUUGUAUGGUGCACCGGACACUCAGGCGAGGCGAAGAUACCUUCAUUCCCAGGACAAGAAUAUUUCCAGGGCAAUUUGUACCACGGCAGCCAGCACCGCGAUGCGUCGGAAAGCGAUGUUCGUGGCAAGAAAGUUGUUGUCGUCGGAACUGGUAACAGCGGUCAUGAUAUCGCGCAGAACUUUUAUGAAAACGGUGCAGAUGUUACUAUGCUGCAGCGCAGUGGGACAUAUGUUAUAACUGCCGAGAAGGGUGUCUUUAUGAUGCAUAAUGGACUGCAUGAAGAUGGCGGUCCACCCACUGAAGAAUGUGAUGUCGUCUCAGAGAGCCUCCCCUGGCCUGUUCAAUUUGCUUUGGGUGCACAUAUGACGAAGAAAAUCGCCAAUGCCGAAAAGGAGACGCUUGAUGGACUUCGUCGUGCUGGCUUCGAACUCGAUUUCGGAAUUGAUGGGGCUGGUAUUACCCGCGCAUACUUUACCCGCGGCGGGGGUUAUUAUAUCGAUGUCGGGUGCAGUCAGCUUAUCAUCGAUGGCAAGAUCAAAGUCAAACACAACCCGGGCGGCAUCCAUGGCUUUGGGAAUCGCGAGUUGCUUUUGGCGAACGGUGAAUCCCUACCAGCGGAUGUUGUUGUCCUCGCUACCGGAUACGAUAACAUGCGCACAACAGUCAGGAAGGUCCUGGGUGACAAGGUCGCGGACCGGUGUUCCGACGUUUGGGAUCUGGAUGCAGAAGGAGAGCUUCAAGCUAUGUGGCGCCCCAGUGGUCACCCGGGUUUCUGGUAUUUCGGCGGCAAUCUCGCAUUGUGCCGUGUCUACUCCAAGUUUUUGGCACUUCAGAUCAAGGCUGUUGAGGCUGGAAUAUCAUCAGGGCUGCGGCAGUAA